AUGCAGUACCGCGAGUUUGCCGAUAGCGUGCUGCCGCUUGCCGACAAAGGACACUACCAUCCGUCACAGCAGGUGCCCAAGCGCUCACGGGGUGACGACGACGAAGAACCGGAGCCGAAGCGAUCACGGACUGAUGCCGGUGGUGCCGAAAUCGAUAAGAUGAGGGCGGACAUGUAUGCUCUCCGGGCCGAGAAUGAGCGGCUCAAGACUGAGAACGAGCAGCUUAAGGCUGAGACUGAGAGGCUCAGGGAUGCGAGUCGUACUUCUGCUCCUUUCGUCAAGAAGGAAGAAGUCGACGAGCAUGAUUUCAACGCUCUUAGCGAAGAGUUCGACAGACUCGUUGAUGAAGAGCUUGCUCGAAUAAGUCGCUACGUCAACGUUUGUCAUCCGAUUCUUCGUGCCUGCCCCGACGAGCGUGAUUACCAAGUAGCGCGCACACAUCAUCAGUUCAUUUCGACAAAGUGGCUGCAACCCCAUACCAUUCACGUCAACAAGAUGGCGUCCGACCUGCCAGAGGUGCCUGAUGCACCCAACGUGUUUCUUGAAGCACUGCAAGACGAAGAGAUUGCCGAUAUGCUUCAAUACGAAGCAGACCGACGCAGAGUGAAAGGAAGUCGGCCUGCCAUGCACGAGGAACCUCUGCGGGUUCGUUCCAUUGCCGCUUCAACUGUUCUUGCUGCUGACACAGAAGAGUCAGCAACUGGUAAUCAACUCACUAAUUUUGGAAUGAAGGCAGAGGUGCUAACACUCCAAGAAGAUCUUGCCGUACCUCGAAAGACACUGCCAACGAAGGGCGCAGGGAAACGGCGAGCCAGUGCCGAACGCUCUUUGAGCAAGCGAGCAAAACGUCAGUCGCGACGCUCUCGAGAAGGCGAGUGCCCGUUCGCCAGCGAUGCCGAACCCGAAAGCUCCGUGCCUGCGACUGCCUCUUCGAGACUUCUUGCAGAGGAAUACCCCAUCGCGAUACUGCCUCAGGAUAGCGAGUGCCCGUUUGCCAGCGAUGCCGAACCCAACUUCUCCGUGCCUGCGACUGCCUCUUCGGAACUUCAUGCCAAGGAAUACCCCAUCGCAAUACUGCUGCCUAUUCAGGAUGGUCGCAACGUCGUCAUACGCAACGGCAUUCCUGCCCAGCUCACGAAACUGCUUCGCGAUGAAGUCAAAAAAUGCCUUACGACCAAAUUCUGCAUCAGAGCUUGGAACGAUGCCGACCAUGAAGAUAACGCUCUUUGCAUGCUCACCGCGGCCUAUGGAUUUAUCCGCUCCUAUCUUGUCCCGAAGGGUCAAGGGGCGUCCAGAGCGUGCGUUGUCUGCUGCACAAGUCCCGGAGAGAGCGGCCCAAUCGCCCCAAGGCCUUGCGUCAUGCUACGGGCGGAUGCAAAGGGGGAGUACAUACUAUGUCUGCCCUUGCCAGAGUAUUUGCGAGUGGGAAAGGGGUGGAAAGAGAGGGGUUUCUGGGUGAAUGAGACGCCACGAGGUCCUUUCCCCCGGUUCGAUGCUUUGCGCGCGUGA